AUGAUUGGAGGUUGGACGACAAAUCCAACUAAUUAUAUUGGAUUUGUUUGCAAACUUCGUGCUUUUUUUGUAUUCUCAACAAGAACAAUCGCUCCGUGGCUUAUCGUAUUAGCCACUAUUGAUCGUUGGCUUUUAUCAAGUGUUGAGGCUCAUCGGCGACAAAGAAGCACAUUAAAAAAUGCUCAACGAUGGACAAUGAUUAUUGUCAUUUUUUCAAUUCUUCUCUAUGCUCAACAAUUAUAUUGUUAUGAAGCAAAUCUUAUGGAUACUCCUUUGCAAUGUUAUGGUAAAACAGUUGCAUGUCGUUAUAUCACUGAUUUAUCAUUUGCUUCAAUGACAAUUAUACUUCCUUUAGUUCUGAUGAUCUUAUUUGGUAUACUAACUAUUUCAAAUGUUCGUCAAUCUCAACGGCGUAUUCAAGGACUAAAAUUACACAAUAUGCAGCCAACGAGGCAUAAGCCAACAGGAUCAAAUAAUGGAAGUCCAGGGACCAAAUCCAAACGGAGAACAAAUCAUAGUCUGCUUCGAAUGCUUCUUGUUCAAGUUGUACUUCUCGCUAUUUUUACGGCUCCAUUGUCUCUUGACAAAUUCUUUUCAACAUUCUCAGGAGACAAUGGAUCACCGACGGAGAAGGCUAUUAACAAUUUCGUAUAUGAUUUAGCCAUUUUGUCUUAUUUUAUAUCAAAUGGUAUACCCUUCUAUAUUUAUACAUUGUGUGGUGGAACUGUGUUUCGAAAAGCUUUGUAUGAUUUUUUUACGCUGAUGAAGCGAAAAAUGAUGUAUCGAUAG